AUUGAUAACGUUAUAAUGAUAAGAUAAAAAACAAAAGCAGUUUUCUUAGUACUCACUAACAUUAAUUACUUCCAAGUUUAACGCUUCAUAUCGGUAGUUGUUAAUUUCUUUUUAAAGAAUGGAAACAAUAAGUAAAUGUUCUGUAAAUUAUGAUGGUGCAGUUAUUAAAAGCAUAAGUAACGAUGUUAUGGUGCUUGGCGAAGGUCCGUUUUGGGAUUCUCAAAAACAGAUCUUUUAUUUUGUUGACAUAAUGCAACAUCGUGUGUACCGGUUCAAAAAUAGUAAACUAGAGUUCCUUCAGCUUGAUACAGAUGUAGGUUUUAUUAUACCAGUCGCAGAAGAAGAAGACUUAUUUGUUAUUGGAUUAGGAACUGAAUUAACAGCUUUAAAAUGGAGUGAAAAUUGCAAUCAAAGCUAUAGUAAACGGCGGUUAAUUACUGUAGAUGAAAAUAAAGUAGAUAAUAGGUGGAAUGACGCUAAGGCUGAUCACGCUGGUUUUUUAUAUGCUGGAACAAUGGCCAGAAAAGAUGAAGGUGGUAACUUUCCACCAAACCAGGGAACCCUGUACAAGUUAAGUGAUUCCUGUCAGAUGGAAGCUGUUGUUUCCAAUGUUUCGAUAUCUAAUGGUAUGGCUUGGAACAAUGAUGGUACUAAAAUGUAUUACAUAGAUUCACUUACCAAACAAAUAGCCUUGUUUGAUUACGAUCCGAAAGAAAAUAAGUUGGCAAAUCGUAGAGUAUUUUACGAUUUUAAAACUGAUCAAUUACCAGGAUUUCCUGACGGUAUGACGAUUGAUGAAAAUGAUAACUUGUGGGUGGCCAAUUAUGGCGGAGCUCAAGUAAUUCAUAUUUGUGGACACACGGGAAAAUUGUUAGGUAAAUUGGCCCUGCAAGCAGAAUUAGUGUCUUCAGUAACUUUUGGAGGACCAGAAUUGGAUAUACUGUACGUGACGACCAUUAGUGAAGGCGAGAGUGAGGAGCAAUUCAAGAAAUAUCCAAAGACAGGAAAAGUUUUAGAAGUGACCGGUUUAGGUGUUAAAGGUACACUUAGCCGACGAGUAAAAUCUAAUUGUUUCCGAUCUUUAAAAUUUUAAGACUAACACAUUUUUUUAGCUAUAGUUAAUGAAUAACAUUUUUAAAUAAAAAAUUAUAUUUUAUACUUUGCAAGUAUGUAAUCGUUUAAUUAUAAUUAAUUUACUGAAAAAUGUGUUAACAAUAAAUAUUUUGAAUUUUAUUUAAUA